GGUGUAUCAGUCAAGCCGGAGCUUUGUGUAGUUUGAACGGGACGCGGCGCUUCUGCUGACGCGCCGAAAAGUCUUGAAAGAGAAAGAAAGAAAGGAAAGGGACUACACCUCAGAAGAAGAUGCGUCUCCCGGUGGUCCUCUGCGUCCUGGCGUGUCUGUGCGCGGCACCGGGCCCGGUGAACGGGGCGGAUAAAAGCUGCGCCGACCUGCGGCAGUUCUACACCGGGAAAGGCUUCACUCUGACCGGGGUACCACAGACAGAGAUCUCCGGUGAACAUCUGAGGAUGUGUCCUCAGGGCCCCACCUGCUGCACCAGCACCAUGGAGGAGAACCUGGCCGGUCUGAGCUCUCAAGAGACCGAGGGACUGAUCAGAGAGGCUGGCAGAUCACUGCAGGCUGUCUUCAAUGGUCUCCACAGGAGCUUCGACACCUACUUCACCGAGCUGCACAGUCGCUCGGAGCGCUCUCUGCAGGAGGCGCUCUCUCCUCUCGGCCCCCUGUACUCCCAGAACACUCGGCUGUACGGGGAUCUGUAUGCAGACCUGCGCCAGUACUACAGGGGCUCUGCUCUCAACCUGGACGAGAACCUGUCAGACUUCUGGUCACGUCUCUUGGAGCGAACGUUCAAGACCUCGGCCCCCACAGACGUCAGCUUAUCAGAAGAUUACCUCGAAUGUGUUGCCAAGCAACAAGAGACGCUGCGGCCAUUUGGAGACGUCCCUCGGGACAUGAGAGCGAAGGUGAUCCGGGCUUUUGUCACGGCCAGAUCGUUUGUCCAGGGGCUGCUCGUCAGCGCUGAGGUGGUCAGGAAGGUCUCUCAGGUUUCUCUGAGUCCUGAAUGUAUGAAGGCCCUCAUGAAGCUGGUGUACUGCCCCCACUGCCGAGGCCUCGCCUCGGUCAAACCCUGCUCCAACUACUGCUCCAAUGUCAUGAAGGGCUGCUUGGCAAACCAGGCGGACCUGGACUCCGAGUGGCAGAACCUCAUCGAUACGAUGAUCCAGGUGGCGUCAAGUUUCAGCACAGAGCCCAGUCUUGACGUGGUUCUCUCCUCCAUCCCGGCCCGAAUCUACGAGGCUGUGCGCUACCUGCAGGAAAACAUGGACACAUUCUCAGCGAAGGUGUAUCAGACAUGUGGGACUCCAGGUGAACCUGGAACAGGAAGUCCUGCACCACAUGAGCCUCGGAGGAAAAGUGGCUCUCUGACUGCGUCAGAGUACAAACCUUCCCCGACUGCUGGACUCAGACUGGAAAUGCAGGUAUCUGAUCUCUCCAGUAAGCUGAGGGAGAUGCGUCAGUACUGGGUGCAGCUCCCUGUGGCUCUUUGCAGCAAACUGUCAGCAGGAAGCAACAGUCAAGAUAAAUGCUGGAACGGUAUGACCAAGGCAAGGUACCUUCCAGAAGUGAUGGGUGAUGGUCUGGCCUAUCAGAUCAACAACCCUGAAGUGGAGCUCGACAUCACGAAGCCAGACAUGACGAUCCGGCAGCAGAUCAUGCAGCUGAAAAUCAUGAGCAACAGGCUGAAAAAUGCACUGGAUGGCAACGACGUGGACUUUCAGGAUGCAAGUGAUGAUAUAAGUGGCUCAGGAAGUGGGAUGUGCUUAGGCGGUCAGUGUCCCAGAGGCAGGCCGGGAUUGUACGCCUACCCGCCAGACAACAACCGGGUCAGAGGGGCAGCCGCGCCGCAGACAGGCCUGAGUGGCCUCCUGCUCCUCGUGCUCCCGAUGACCGCCUUGCUGCUUCAGCGAUGAUGGACCGCCGCUGCCUAGAGUCAGACUCUGGAGUCCAGAGCAGGACUCAACUGUGGGAAGGACAAACAUGGGGAUGGGGUGGAGGGGGGGAAUGGAAUGCCACUUUGCCAAAAAAAAAAAGAAAACAAAAACCGAAAAGGAGACAUUUUAGGGGAACGAAUGGACAUUUUGUUUCAUUAAGUGGAACAAAAAACUGACUAAACUCUUAAUUUUGCUCAGUUUGCAUAUGUCUUAGAUUGAGUGUGAUAUAGUUUGUUGAACUGGCUUCAAUGGAUCAUUGGAUACAACAAAAGAUGAAGAAGACAGCGAUGGAAGUGAAGACUGAGGAAGCUCUGAUGAUGAAGAUAAUGCCAUUUUAGCUACGGUGUCCGACAAACACGAUGGAAAUCUCCCAGGAAAAAGAAAAAAAAGUUUGUUGCCCUAACAUGUGGUGCGUUGAACAAGUCUUUCAUUUUAUUUUCUAUCUUGAGUCGAGGUUGUGUACCUUAAUGAACUUUGUGUACGCUGUAAAUGUUUGUGUACAUUAGCUUAAGGACUGGCAACAUAUUGAGCCAUGAAUGUACAGUGUAAUACUCUAUUGGCAAUGAAGUUCCCCCAUAACCUGUGAUGUAGUCGUCCAGAUGUCUCGCUGUGUGUUGGCAUAAACAGAUAAUACUUCAAGUAGGAUUUGUUCGAGAUGUUACAGUUAAAUUGUCACACUCCUGAGAUGUAUGGGAUGUAGUGAUUGCAAACGUUUACCUCACGUUUACUGUAAAUCCAACCGAUCCAAAAGAAAAAGGAAUCAACCUUUUUUUUUUAAAUCAUGUCACACUUUCGUAAAGAAGUAUUCAACCUCAUCAAAACUCCUAAAAAACAAGCACAUGCACAGUUUGCUUGGUUUACAAGGAAAUGUAAAAAAAAAAGUGCAUUAUUCUUUCACAUCUGGCUACAGUAACCACAGAAAACACACGAGCUGAGAUGCAGUAGGUCAAACCAAAGCUCAUCACACUAUUACUCAUUACAGUAUAUUCAGCACUCAUGAAAACCCUCACACCAGUUUUUAACCUUAAAAGGGAAGAAGACCAUUUUUUUGUACAUACAGAAUAUCUGCUGAUGUGAUUUUUUUUUGUUUUUUUUUACUCAGCAUGCCUUUUGUGAAGCCUGCACUAUAAUGCUCAUGUGGGACUCCUGAUUCACACCAACGACUCGUGUGUUACACUU